UAGAGAGUAUCAUAUCACAUCAUAUCAUAUCAUAUCAUAUCAUAUCAUAUCAUAUCAUAUCAUAUCAUAUCAUAUCAUAUCAUAUCAUAUCUUCCUUCAGACUGGUUUCCGUUGCAGAGCUGUGUGUGCGGUCCUGGAGUUUGCUCGCCACCCAGUGGCCACAUUAGCAAAUCGUCACCUCACCUUCUCUUUUUUAAUCUGCCAGGGGCCAUUUUGAUCCGCACCGCACGCUCGGCUGGUGUGAGUAAUUUGGAAGACACAAACAAACAGGAGAAGAAACAAACAAGCCAAACCUCGGAUUCGACACAUGCGCCUGCAGCCAGAACAGCAGCGGCGUCAUCCUUCAACAGCUAUUUAACUGUGAGGGUAAAUUCAAAUAUGCUCGGGCUAAUUCACCAUCUUUUCCUUCAUGAUUUGGACUCUCUUGAAGCAGCUUUACCCGGAUGUUUGUCUUUUAGUUUUUCUGUAACUUGAUGAACACGCAGCUGCAGUUUGUGUUCGAUGUCCCAGAGUCCAGUUGGUUUAAUUAGAAAUUAUCUUUGUGAGCUAAACUCUCAAUUAGACCCUAUAAACUGGAUCCUCUGGGAGGAGAUGACCCCUCCAGAGGUGUCGCAUCUGUCCUGCAGAUGUGGUGUUGGCUCAGCACACACAGAUUCUCCUAAUAAAACCAGUUGAGAAAAUCCAUCGAGUCCAGUUGUCUUUGUUUCAGCUUUUUUUUUUUGGAUGCUCCGUGGAUAUUAUCCACCCUGGGGUUUCCUUCCACACUUUUGAACAAACAAUGCAGGAAAGAGUGUCAGACAUCCAGGUCAUCCAACAACACAAAGCUGAAACAAGGAGAGCUGGAGAGAGGGUUGUUAAAGUUAAAAAAAGACAUGAACUGGGUUUGAACUUGAGGAAAAUGCAUCAUUUUCUGUGUUGCACCCCAGUGGCCUCUUUGUACUUUUAUAUUCCCUGCUGUGAUGUUUUUUAGUCUGCUUCUAAAUCUGACUUAUAGGUUUUGUCCAGAAUAACUCACACAACACAAACAUCGCCUCUGAUCCGGAUUUAAUCAGAUUCAGAUCGCUUGUGCUGAGUUCCGGGUUAAUAUUUAGUUCUGUUCAUCAACAGUUUCCACGCUGCCUCGGCUGUGUGAAAACUUUUCUCCACGGGCAUCCUGAACUUGGCCGGUCCCUCGAUUUUGUCUGAGAAUCAAUUAAUGAGGCGGCUAAACUCUCUAAUUGGCCACUUAAUUGGCCCCUGUCGCCGCGCGCGCCGCUUCCGUAGGCUCUUAGCGCACCGCCCUCCCCUCCCUCCCCCGGCAGACAUCACAAUCCCACCUUGUCACAACGAUUUAGGGUCAAUCUCCCCGACAGGAGGGGUGCUCUCGCUGAGGACCCACCGCUCCUCCACCUCCACCUCUGGAUCCCCCCUCUCUAUCAGUAUCUCCCUCCCACUCUCUAUCUCGGUGUUUUAUGUCUGCGUCACAACAAGUCGGUGGAGAGCGUGAGGCAGGGAUGAUGGCGUCUCUGGCGGCUUGAUUCCGGUGUUGCUCCGACAAACCCGCCUUAAUAGCAUCAGUAGGUGGCGGCGGGGGAAGAAGUGGUGGGGGGUGGAAGAGGGCAAAAAGCGACGGGAACAUGACGAAACGGCAUCGCGGAGGACGGACAAACUAAAGACGGACGGACAGUCAGUCGCCUUCCCCUCCUCCUCCUCCCCCUCCUCCUCCUCGCUGACGGCUUGACUGACACACACACACACACGCGCGCGCGUACACACACACACACUCACUCACUCACGCACACACACACAGGCGCUUGGCACAGACAGGGACAUGCAUGCACAUCAUCCACUUUUUGCAGGCACGCAGGCUGCGCAUCCGAGCGGCCAGUAAUUGGGCACCGGAGAUCCACAGCAGAUGAGGGCAUUUCGCUUCCAGCCUGUCCAGGAAUCACUGUGACCCCGACGGGAAGGAGUUCGACUUGACAGGAUGGGGGGAGUAAGCGAAGGAGAUGAUGUGUUGGCUCGAUGGAGUGAUGGACUACUGUACCUCGGCAACGUGAAAAGAGUGGACGGAGUGAAGCAGUGCUGUCUGGUGAGAUUUGAGGACAACUCAGAGUUCUGGGUGCUGAGGAAGGACAUUCACUCGUUUGCUGCCGGAGUGGAAGAAGUUUGCUGUAUCUGCGACGCUCCUCCCCUUAAAGAACCCCUCAUAAAUUGUCUUAAAUGUCGCCACGGUUAUCAUCCAGAGUGCCACACGCCGACCAUCGAACCGGAAGCUGACAGCGACUCGUGGAUAUGUCGGCAAUGUGUCUUUGCAGUCGCCACCAAGAGAGGCGGGGCCCUCAAGCGGGGACGCUUCGCCCGGCUCAUGCAGUUUAUGAAGCUGCGUCUCCCCUACCAGCUGUCGUCUUUAGACUGGGACCCUCAGCAUCUGACCAACCAGCAGCAGUGCUACUGCUACUGCGCCGGCCCCGGAGAGUGGAACCUGAAGAUGCUGCAGUGUGGAAGCUGUGGUCAGUGGUUCCACGAGGCCUGCACACAGUGUCUGACCAAGCCGCUGCUGUACGGGGACAGGUUUUAUCAGUUCCAGUGCUCAGUGUGUACAAAGGGACCAGAGACAAUCCAGAGACUCCCCAUGACUUGGGUGGAUCUGGCUCACUUAGUGCUCUACCAUCUCUCGCUGUGCUGCAAGAGGAAAUACUUUGAUUUUGACCAUGAAAUCCUGUCCUUCACCAAUGAGAAUUGGGACUCGUUGCUCCUGGGCGCGCUCUCUGACACGCCAAGGCAAGACCGCUGUCACAAUCUCCUCAACGCUCUAAACUCCCACAAGGACAGGUUUGUCUCCGGAAAGGAGAUCAAGAAGAAGAAGUGUCUCUUUGGGCUUCAGGUCCGGUCGCCGCCGCCCCUGACGUCCGAUUCGUCGCCCCUCAUCACCGACCCGCCUAUCAACAUCACACACCGGAGAAGCCCGUUGUCACUACCCUGCCAGAGGAGAGUGGGGGGGACGGAGUCGCGUAAAUCAAAGCGUCGCAUCAUGGAGACACAGGCCUGUCCGCCCCCAGUUGCUGCCAACCCUAUUGAGCUGCUGCCAUGUUGCCAUGGCUACGUGGGAGGGACCAGCCUUUACACCUCCAGGAAGUCCGAGGAGGAGCUCAACUUGAGCUCUCCUCCCAAGCGGAUGUACGCCCUGUACCACGCCACCUACAACGGGAAUACGGCGCUCUCCAAGAGUCUCCAUCACUACAACAGUGCGGAGGACACCUGCAGGCUACCGCCAACAUGCUUCCCAUACCCCCUCAACACCAACGGCAGCCAUCACCACCACCACCACCUCCACCAGCACAACCACAACAACCACAACCACCAACACAACCACCAUCACAACCACCAGCACCAACACCAGCCGGGGCAGAAGCAGCUGGAGCCCCUCAUCCUACGUGACCUGCCCCCUUAUCAAACCGGUAUGGGUGGAGGCGGUGGAGGAGGAGGAGGAGGAGGAGGAGGAGGAGUGGGGAUGGGGAUGGGAGGUGGGGAUGGGACAGUUUCCAGGAGCUGGGGAGGCGGGGAGGCAGUGAGGAUCUUGGCGAGACGCGUCACGCCGGACGGGAAGGUGCAGUACCUGGUGGAGUGGGAGAACGUGAGUUUGUACUGACGCAGAACACGAGAGGCGCUGACUGUUCUGCAGCCGCCACAGGACUCCUGAGUUGUGGAAAGCGUGGCAGCAGUGUCUAACGUGCAAACAAAAAAACUAAACGGUUGCAAGGUCGCAAAUCCAGGUUGCUCUCAUGGCAUCACCUCCCUUCGUUAUAACCUCACUACUCGUUACUAAAUGUCCCUCUUUGCUAGUGUUUCUCGGAUAUUUGUACUGUUAACUUUGGAAUAUGCCUUUGCAUUUAUCAUGUUCUACAGUGAUGAGGGAAAGUAUUUCAAACCUCCACGUGAUUUGUGAAACCCUCAUUGUAAUAUUUAUUUUAACAAUUCACGGUGGCGCAGAUAUAGAACUAGGACGGAAAAGAAAGGUAAAAAUAAAUUAAAAUUAGUUUACUGGGUAGAAUCAAAGGUGCAAAUUAAACCAGGUGGGUGGAGGGGAUCUGGAAGGUGGGAUCAAACAACAAUCUAAAGAGUUCAGGAGGCUGGCCCGGAGAUCAAAGAGACGGAUAAGACCGCUCAGGAGAGCCAUGUUAACUUUAUGUUGAAAUUAAGUCACAGUUUCUAGUCUUUAUGCUUUUACUGUGCAGAGUCAAAGGUAUAAAUGAAACCUGGCUGGGUGGAGGGGAUCUGGAAGAACAAUCAAAGGACACAGUUCAGGAGGUUGGCCUGGAGAUUAAGCAAAUAGGAAAGGACGCUCGGUUGGGCAACCAGGAGUGACAGAGCACAGAGUUUUAAUGGGUUUCUAGUUGAAAUUUUAGUGUUAAUUUUAUGUUUAAUUUAAGUCACAGGUACUAGCAUAAAGACUGGGGAGCUGCAGCCAUUUAAAAUAGUCCCAGAUGUUUCCUUCCACUCGCAUGUUAAAUUAAGCUAAGCUUAACUAAAACAGAUUUGCUGGGAUUUCAGUAUUUAUCUGAUGCUGAAAAAAUAAAGUUUACUGUGUAGAGUCAAACGUUCAAAUUAAACCUAGUUGAGUGGAGAGGGUCUGGAAGGUGGGAUCAGACAGCAAUCGAAGGACUCUGAGUUCAGGAGGUUGGCCCGGAGGUCGAGCAAAUAGGAGAGGCAGCUCAGCUGGGCAACCAGGAGUAACAGAACACAGAGUUUUAAUUUUCUAGUUGAACUUUUAGUGUUAAUUUUAUGUCACAGUAUAAAGACUGGAAGGAGUGAGAAACAACCGUGCUAAGUUAUGAUAAGUGAAAGCUGAUCUACAUCUUUGUUUAAUUGUGCGAAAGCCUAACUGUGAAAAGUGAAGAGUUGUGAUUAUAUAUUCUGUACGAGACGACAAGAAGCCACAGCUGUGUUUCUCAUGUCAAGCUAAACUAAGAAAGAUUGCUGGGAUCUCAAUAUUUACCUGACACUGAAACAAAUAAGGUUUACUGUGUAGAGUCAAAGGUGGGUGGAGGGGGUUCAAACAACAAUCAGAGGACAUUAAGUUCAGUAGUCUGGCCCGGAGAUCGAGCAAUAGCAAUAGUGUGCGCAACCAGGAGUAACACAGCACUUUAAUUUAAUGUUAAGUUAGUUUUUAGUUACAGUUACUAGCACAAAGACUCAAAGCAGCGAGAAACAUCCUUGAUAAGUGAUGAAAACUAAAAGAUUGUAUAUUCUGCACAAGUCGAUUAAAAUAGUUGUUUCCUUCCGGUCACAUGCUAAGCUAAGCUAACUCCCUACAGGACGUAGCAUCGCAUUAACACAAACGAGAGAGGAAUAUCUCUCCUUUCCCAAACAACUAUAACUCCCAAAAGGUGGAACAAGUUCUUAAAAAUAUCCUCAAAUGCAUACCGUACUGUUUUAUAAGGUCGUUUGUGUUUUAAAACCUUAAACACGUUGCUCUUGUUGCCCCGUUUGAAUUGCAAGUAGUUGCAAAAAGAAUCCGAUCGGCUAAAUAAGUUACAAUAAACUUGUUUUUGGGGAAAGGUGGAAAUGAUUUCCAGCUUUUCCCAGAAUUUGACAUCCAGCCGCACUUCCACCAGCUCUGCCCGUUAUUAUGGCUCAUUCAUCAACCAACGCUCACGUGGAGUUCAGAGCGAGAAUUAGCCCGAGAAAAAAAAAAAAAAAAGCGGAGAUGGAUGGUUCCUCAUCAAUGACAGCCAGGCUGCUCAUGAAAAAACAAGCUUUUAAGAGCCAGGAAGAGACGGAAUAGCACAGGCAGCCUCCUACUUUUGCCCACACAUUCUGUAAGUUGGUGAGUUUAAUGCCUUGCUAAAGGGCAACAAACCCUCUGGAGGUUUUCAUGUUUUCCCUCAUCACAGUAUGUUAAUAAGAGAUUGUAUACACGAUAUUAUGGGGUUACUAAUUUGUUCCGUUAGAUUUUGUCAUACCUAAUUUACAUUUAGACUACUGUAUGUCUUAGAAAUAGGAGCCACGAGAGGGCUUUUGUUUUAUAGAUAGAAUUAUAUAUUCACAAUAUAUUGCUAUGAUGGAACAACUUGAUUUAAUUUCUUUUAUUUUUUUGACGUGGUUGCAUAGUGCCUAUAUGGGUUGUGUACCUGCCGAGCUCAUCGGCCAAUCAGACGAAGAUUGAACUGAAGACGCUACUAAACGAGAGGACGGCAGCUGACGAGACACAAUAAAAAAAACGGACCAGGUGUGAUGUCGACAAAAGGGUUUUGUGAGCUGAACACAGCUGUGGUUUUAUUGUACAUUCCAGACAACUACAAAAAUGAAUACAUAUGUCUCCUUUUUUUUGAUGAGAGUUAAAGGUUCAGACCCUCUACUUUUGUUUAAGGAACAAAAACGAACAGAAAAUAAUAUAUAAAAAAAACAAAAACUCACAGCAUCUUCUGGGGUCUGUAAUUUCAAAGGUACAGUGAACACAUUGUGUUUGAAGCGGCAGGAGGGGGUGUGUGUGUGGGGGGGGGGACGGCGCCGAAGUUUGAUUUUAUCUUUGUGCAACAUAAAUCUAGAAAACUGUGGUGCAAAGUUUCAGAGUUUAUAUUUUAUACAGAGGUUUAUUUCAGCAGUCUUGUUGGACCGAGACAACGUGUGCAUCAGUUUUAUCUCUGGAGUAAAAACCCACGCUGACAAAAAAACAAACAAAAAAAAAAACACAAACACAGCAUUUAUGCAGUUAUACUCAAACCGAUGCAAAACGCUCAGAUUUUAUUUAGACACUCUCUUUCUCCCCAGUGAAACAUUACAGCCCCCUCCGUCCUCCUCAGUGACUAGGCGAUGGUGAUGAAUGUAUUUGUGUGUUUUCUAUGAUAUGUCAACAAAAAAUAAAAUAAAAAAAAAAAAAAAAAAAACCCGUCAAGUGCUUGUUAUAGGCUGUGCUCUUGGUGGAAGUCGGUUCAAAAGAAAACGAGAGGAAAUUAAAGACAUUGAGGGGGAGAGAAAAAAAACAGAAAAGCAGCUUUGGGAGAGGAAGUCUUCUUUUUAUUAGUAGUCGAGUCCAAGUUCAGUUUGAUGUAUUUUUGGAGAAAUUAGGUUUGUACAUGUAUACUCAGCGUUGGCACACUUAAUAUGUAACAUGAAUAAUAAAAAAAAAUGUUUCACCUCA